CCGAGCGGCGCCCGCUCCCCGCGCACUCGGCCCCGGUUCUGUGGCUAUGAGUUUCCUGCGCUGGCUAGCGCCGCUCCUUGCGACGGCUCCCCUCUGUAGUGUUGCCUGCACGGAUAACUGCUCUCAGACUUGGUUCCCCUUCGGUGGAUCCUCGUUCCUGCUGAGCUCAGAAAACGCCACCUGGUACAAUGCCUACACCAAGUGCCACGAUCUGGGCGGCAGCCUGGCUUCCAUACUGUCUGAGGGAGAGAACGAAUUCUUAGCUGGGCUACUGACAAUAUGCCGCGUAGACAAAGCAUGGAUCGGCCUCACAGACACAUAUCACAAGAAAGUCUUCACCUGGAUCGAGGGAGAGAUGCUCUUCUGGAACUUCGGGCCGGGAGAGCCCAGCGGCUCGGGCGACCACGCGUCGGAGGACUGCGUAGAGAUGCGCCAGGACAUAGACUUCAAGUGGAACGAUGAGUACUGCAUGGAAAAGAGGAGAUUUCUGUGUCGCAAGGCCCCCGAAUAAUCUUUUUUUCUAAGGCCAUGAGGGGUGAGGCAGACCCUUUGAAAAAUGUUUUUGUCUCUCGUAAUCCUUUCGGUCCUCUGGAGUAAUUGCGUACGGUAAAAAAAAAAAAAAAAAAAAAAAA